CUCGGCUGGGCGGGGGGCUUAAGGGCGUCCAGCACAUCCCCCCGCAGACGGGCCCGGGGUCCGGCCAGAGGCGGAGCCAUGACUGUGCUGGUGACCCUGGUGGCCUUAGUGACCCCUGUGCUGGCCCUGGAGAAUGGACUCAUGAGGACACCCCCGAUGGGCUGGCUGGCCUGGGAGAGGUUUCGCUGUAACAUCGACUGCAAGACGGACCCCAGAAACUGCAUCAGCGAGCAGCUGUUCAUGGAGAUGGCGGACCGGCUGGUGGAGGACGGCUGGCGGGACCUGGGCUACGAGUACGUCAACAUCGACGACUGCUGGAUGGCCCGGCUGCGGGACCACGACGGGCGGCUGGUCCCGGACCCCGACAGGUUUCCCCGGGGGAUCCCGGCGCUGGCCGACUACGUUCACUCCCGCGGCCUCAAGCUGGGCAUCUACGAGGACCUGGGCAAUUACACCUGCAUGGGCUACCCGGGCACCACGCUGGCCCGGGUGGUGGAGGACGCCCGCACCUUUGCCGAGUGGGGGGUGGACAUGCUCAAACUGGACGGCUGCUUCUCCACCAGCGAGGACCGGGCCCUGGGCUACCCCAAGAUGGCCGAGGCCCUCAACGCCACAGGCCGCCCCAUCGCCUUCUCCUGCAGCUGGCCGGCCUACGAGGGGGGCCUCCCCCCCCAGGUGAACUACACGCUCCUGGGGACCAUCUGCAACCUGUGGCGUAACUACGAUGACAUCCAGGACUCCUGGCAGAGCGUCCUGUCCAUCGUGGACUGGUUCUCGGACAACCAGGAUGAGCUGCAGCCCAUGGCCGGGCCCGGGCAGUGGAACGACCCGGACAUGCUGCUCGUCGGGAACUUCGGGCUGAGCUUCGAGGAGGCCCGGGCCCAGAUGGCACUGUGGGUGGUACUGGCCGCGCCACUCUUCAUGUCCACGGAUCUGCGCACCAUCUCCCGGCGCGACCGGGAGAUCCUGCAGAACCCGCUCCUCAUCAAGAUCAGCCAGGACCCUCUGGGCGUCCAGGGACGCAGGGUCCGCCAGGAGCGGUCCCACAUCGAAGUGUUUCUGCGGCCCCUGGCCCGCUCGGCCUCGGCCCUGCUCUUCUUCAGCCGCCGCACCGACAUGCCCUUCCACUACAGGACGUCCCUCGCCAGCCUCAACUUCACCUCCACCCUCCUGUACGAGGCGCAAGAUGUGUACACGGGAGAGAUCAUCAGUGGCUUAGAGGCGGACACCACCUUCACCGUGGUCAUCAACCCCUCGGGGGUGGUGAUGUGGUACCUCUAUCCCAUUCAGGAGCUGGACUUGCCCUUUGGGCUGUUUGGCCAGCAGCCCCGGGCCCGGGGCUUCCUCUAGGACCUCUUCCCCCCGGGCCCAACCCCGUCCCCACGUCCGUCCUUCCUCCAGAUGCUGGGGGCAGGCGGGGGCCGGGCCUCCCUCCCCACCCGCCGGGCCGGACGCAGACGGGGAUCCCCUCGGCCGGGUGUGGGGCAGCCCCUCGCUCCCGGCCCGGAUCCUCCCCACCCGCUCGGCUUCUCCAGCAAGCGGCGGACUCACGUCUGGGACUGCUGGGAAGAGGCUCCCACGCCGCGACGGUCGGGGUGGAUCUUCCAGCCGUCGGCGGGCCGGAGUCUGGGCCGGGUGUCCUCGGUGGGUGGGCGAGCGGGCUGGGCCCCUGCCAGCCCUGGACAUUUAAUAAAGUCAUU